UUCAUGGCCGUGACGUCACCCUCCUCGCGCAAGAACACAGCGCUUCUUCAUCAAUCAAAGCGCAGUUCACGUUUACUUUCGUACUGAACGACUCCGACUGCCUGCUCACUGAGUUACACUUAUGAAGUCUCCCUGCAGCACAACCAGCAUGGGAACCCAAAGAAAGGACAGCUUCCUCUGGGGGAAAGCACCAUUAGCUUUCAAUUCAAAUGACAGGAGGCAGACUGACGUCCAUAAGCAUGUGAUUCUAGAUGAUAUUCAGAAACUCAGGCUGGAGAUCGAAAACAUGAUGACAGAAAUUCAAACGAUGGAGGCCGAUGAUGAGAAUAAAAAUGUUAUGAAGAACAAGAGAAUUCAGUGUGGAAAAAAGAAGUUUAACAUGGACCCAAAAAAGGGUAUCCAGUACCUAGUGGAUAAUGAGCUUUUAGAGUGGAAACCAGAGGCUGUGGCGGAGUUCCUCUAUAAAGAGGAAGGCCUCAAUAAAACGGCUAUUGGCAACUUUUUAGGAGAAAGGGAGGAGAUCCACCUUCAGAUCCUGCAGGCUUUUGUUCACCUUCAUGAGUUCUCAAAUCUUAAUCUGGUUCAGGCUUUGAGGCAGUUCCUGUGGAGUUUCCGUCUACCUGGUGAGGCUCAGAAGAUCGACCGCAUGAUGGAGGCCUUUGCUUUGCGGUACUGCACCUGUAACGCUGGGGUUUUUCAGUCCACAGACACCUGUUACAUCCUUUCCUUCGCUAUCAUCAUGCUCAACACAAGCUUGCACAACCCCAAUGUGAAAGACAAGACUACACUAGAACGUUUCAUCAAGAUGAACAGAGGAAUCAACCAUGGAGAAGAUCUUCCUGAUGAACUACUCGAGAAACUUUAUGAGAGCAUUAAGAACGAACCCUUUAAAAUCCCAGAAGAUGACGGCAAUGAUCUCACUCACACCUUCUUUAACCCUGACCGAGAGGGCUGGCUUCUAAAAGAAGGUGGCAGAAUAAAGACCUGGAAGCGGAGGUGGUUCAUUUUGACUGACAGCUGUCUCUACUAUUUCCAAUAUACCACUGACAAAGAACCAAAAGGAAUCAUCCCGCUAGAGAACUUAAGUAUUAGAGAAGCGGAGGAUACAAACAAACAGUUCUGUUUGGAGUUGUUCAGCCCUCAUCGUAAAGGAGAGACGAUAAAGGCAUGUAAAACAGAAACAGACGGGAGAGUUGUGAUGGGCAAACAUCACUCCUACAGACUCAGUGCUGCUUCUGAAGAGGAGCGUGUUGACUGGAUCCAGGCCAUCAGAGCUUGCAUCACAAAAGACCCUUUCUAUGACCUGGCAUCUGCACGCAAGAAGAAGAUCAUCAGCCACACUGAACAACAUGACUGAAGCUGAUUGAUGAUCUUUCUAAACAGUUGCACACAGACUGAAGUACCAGCAGUAGCCAAAGGGACGUUGAUGGUUACAGUGGACUGAAUGAGAUGGAAAUGAUGAAUGAGCUUCUCAGGGUGCUAAUUCUCAGCCCCCCCUCUCACCACUCAGAGGUCACCGCUGCUGUGUGUGCAGCCUCAGGGUUGGCUUACACAGUGGUGUUGUGGUCAGGCGUUCUGUGAAAAAAUAUUUUCUUAUUUAUUUAACGCUUACGAGAAAUUAUACAGUAAAAAUGUAAUUUGUAUAUCUAAACAUGAAACAAUUUGUUUAGUGUUCCUGGUAGCUGUAGGAUUUUUCUGCUCCUGUUAAAGUGAGAGUUUAAUUUUAUUUUCAAUGAAAAACAUUUAAAUUAAGCUACAUUUCAAAGCAUUUCAUAGGGCAUGUAUGUUUUGAAGCACUAUUUUGCUUUUUUUUGUAUCAUUCCAUUUGACUAACACACAUUUGUCAUUUUUUAACUGUAGGAUUUUUAAAAAUCUAAUUAAUAUGUCUAUCUUGUAAAUAUUGUGAUGCCAGUUAGCAUUAAAAUUUAUCAGGUUGAAGUUGUCCAUAUUCUGUACAUAAUAAAUUACUUAUUUAAUGAAUGUACCAUUAUUUGAUAAUAAGCUUUUGUCAUUUCAGAUAAUUCCUAAAACUUUUGAAUACAUCACGACCAUGUUAUUAAAAUAUGAUGAUUGUGCACUCUAA